AAGAUGGUAGUCUUCAUGAUUAUUUGAAUAAAAAUUUUAAACUUAUAAGAUGGAAUCAAAAAUUAGAUAUUUUAUAUACUGCAAUUAAAGGACUUUCUGAAAUUCAUGAAGAAAAUUUAAUGCAUAAGGAUUUUCAUGCCGGAAAUAUUAUUAUUCAUGAAGAAAAAUUAAUGCAUAAGGAUUUUCAUGCCGGAAAUAUUAUUAUUCCUCGUAAAGUUUCUUUUAUAGCCGAUUUUGGACUGUGCAAAAAU